AUGGCACCCCAGGCUGGCAAGGGUGAGAAGCCUUUCCACAUCAUCUCACCUGUCCUGGAGAGCCUGCCCCUGUCCAAGGCAGCAGGCACCAAGGUCUACAUGAAGCUGGAGAACGUCCAGCCCACGGGCUCCUUCAAGAUCAGAGGCAUUGGCCACCUCUGCCAGGAGGCUGCCAAGAAGGGCUGCCACCGCUUCGUCUGCUCCUCAGGAGGCAAUGCAGGUCUGGCAGCAGCAUACUCGGCCAAGAAGCUGGGGCUGCCCAUCACCGUCGUGGUCCCCAGCACCACCGGCUCCACCACCGUGCGCAGACUGCAGGAGCUGGGGGCAGAGGUGGAGGUCUCUGGCAAGGUGUGGGAUGAUGCCAACAGAAGAGCCUUGGAGCUGGCAGAGACUGAGGGCCGGAUCAUCAUCCCCCCCUUUGACCACCCCUUGGUGUGGCAGGGCCACUCCAGCCUGGUUCAGGAGCUGAAGGAGUCUCUGGACACCAAACCGGACGCCGUCGUGCUGGCGGUGGGCGGCGGGGGGCUGCUGGCAGGGGUCGUGGCUGGCCUGCAGCAGGUGGGCUGGCAGGAUGUCCCUAUCAUUGCUGCUGAGACCUGGGGGGCCCACAGCUUCCAUGUAGCCCUGGAGGCUGGGCAGCUCAUCUCCCUGCCUGACAUCACCAGUGUGGCCAAGUGUCUAGGAGCCAAGAUGGUGGCAGCACGGGCACUGGAGUGUGCCCAGGAGUGCCAGGUCAUCUCCCAGGUGGUGGAGGACACAGAGGCCGUGCAAGCUGUGGAGCAAUUCCUGGACGACGAGAGGAUGCUGGUGCAGCCGGCGUGCGGGGCCGCCCUGGCUCUGCUCUACACAGGGCGGCUGCAGCGACUGCAGGCUGAGGGGCGGCUGCCGACCCUGCUGUCCUCCGUGGUGGUCGUGGUCUGCGGGGGGAGCAGCAUCCAGCUGGCCCAGCUGCGGGCCCUGAAGAGCCAGGUGGGGCUGGAGUGA